GGGAGCUCCACCGAAGACCCUAGCGGCUCCGUAGCCAUUUUGGCUCAAGCCGCCCCCUUUGCUCGCUCUCGUUUUGGGCCCCGCGGAAGGCCGCAGAGUCGCGCGCGCUUGGGACAUGGCUGCGGGCGACUGACAAGCUGCCCAUGUGGCGGCCGAGCAGCCACGGCUGGCAGGUGCUGCCGCUUCUCUCUGGCCCUCGCGCCGUGCUCGCCAGGCGGCGGCGCGCGGCGCCGCCCAGGGGAAGCUGUCUGCCGCCCUCGUGCGCGUGCUGGAGCUCGAGUCCAGGGUCGCGGACCUCGAGGCGGAGCUCGCGAGCACGCGGGAGGUGCACGAGGCGGCGGUCCAGCAGGUUGUGGCCCUGGCGGGCGCUGGCGCGGCUGGGGACGCGGACAACGUGCUGGCCGAGGAGCUGGUCGGUCGGCUCGCCCUCGAAACGCCGCUUCUCGCAGCGGGCCUGGCCGCGGAGCAGGGGAGCGUGGCUUUCCCGUGUUUGCCGAUGCUGGGCAAGCAGAGGUGCAACGCGGCGGCUCACGUUUUCGAUCGUGCCGUGGCGGUGAUCGAGAAGGUGGGCAUGGCGGAGCUCAACGCCAUGCAGCGCGGUUCUGGGCGCCGCCUUCGUUCGUCAGUGAGGCGGGGCCGUGGUGGAGGUCGGCUACCUCAUGGUGCUGGCGCUAGCGAUGGCGCUCCUCUUCCUCCUCCCCGCCCCGCAGGCGCUGCUCUGCAACCUGGAGGGCCCAGACGCUGCGUGCGCAGGCCGCCGUCGGCGACGGCGGCGCCCGCUCGCCGUAUGCCCUCCGCGCGCGCCGCGGCCGAUGCGGUGCCGCUGCGCUGGGCCCUGGCCGGCUGCCGUGGGCGCAGCCUGCAGCCUGGUACCGCCUUUGCGUUGUCCGAGCGCGUCCGCCGCGCUCCCGGGCCGAGGCCCGAUCUUCUGGCGUCAGGCGCGCGUUGGUGGAAGUGGGGCGGCGGGGGCGGCGACGAUGGCGAUGCUCACCUUCUCGCGCCUCCUGCUGGCGUGUAUUCCCACCCUGACGACACGCUGGGCUUCAACUUUCCCUCGGGGGUCGUCGGCGACGUCGGCGACGGCCUUGGCGGGCUCUCCGGCGCCGAGGUGGCUGAUGAUGGAGACCGGUUGGGCGCUGGGGUCUGCGGCGCCGCCUGCGCGGCCACCCUGCCCAUGCAUGCGUGUGCGAGCCUCGUGGACGAGUACCUUCUGGCCCAUCCUGCUGCGCUCUUCAACGGGGGUGCCGUAGGGCCAAAGGAUGGCAAGAGGGAGCUCGGGCACCGGGACUCCUUGGGCAGCGACGCCCACGUCGACGCGGAGGAGACCACGAUGCUGGACGACGGCGGCCCUGAAAUCCCACUGGCUGGAGGAGUCCCCUUCAGUGCGGUGGAGGCCGCUCUAAGAGGGGCCACGCGGUUGCGCGUGCUGCAGCAGCGUGUCCGCGGCGGCGUCGAUGCUCAUCCAGAUGUUGACAUUCUCUCUCACGCCCAGCUGCUGGGCGAAGUGGCAUUCGUCCUCGGCGUCGACAGUGCCCCCUUCUCCCAGUCGAGCAAGGCUACGCUCAGGAAUCUGCGCCGAAAGCUUUAUGCUCUUCGCCCGACGGGGGCCUUUUUGUACACGCAGUGAGGUGUGUUCCGUUUGCACCGUCUUAUAGUUUCUCUUCUCACGAUCUGUUUCUGUUCAUUAUCUCGCGCACGUGUUUUCGAGGGAGUGGCUUCGGUGGUCUACCCUCGGCUUGAGGGUGGCACGGCCUGGUUGAUAGCGCGAGCAGUGUUGUCACAGGUGACGCCGCACACCUCCGCUCCCAGGGAAUGGCUUCGGUGGUUUACCCUCGGCUUGAGGGUGGCACGGCCUGGAGGAUGGCGCGGGCUGCGCAGUCCCAGGUGACGCCGCACACCUGCUCAGGAGUUCGUUUCGCUUUCCCCUCCCUGCGGAGGCGUGAGAGCCCGAUCAGCCAGCGCGAUGGGCUCCAGCUAGGGCUGGGAGCAGGGCCGUGCUCUGGCUGUAUUUUCUCCCUUCCUCGGUGGAGUCGGGCCGCUGCCUGUUUUGCAGGCCCGCGGUCGCUCAAGUGGAGUUGCCGCGCCGAGGUGGUCGAAUCAUCUCCCAGGGGCCGCUGCGUGCAGCCUUGAACCUGAGCUCGUGCCGCGCGGCCCUUGAUCACAGCUAAA